AUGGAGGGACUUUUCACACUGCUCACGUUGAGCACUGUGAUGGCGAUUACGUCCUUCGUCGUGGGAUCAUUGCCGUUAGCAUUCAAGCUGUCGCCUUCGCAAUUGCGGCUGAUAUCCUCCCUUGGCAUGGGAGUUUUGGUUGGAACAUCUCUUAUUGUCAUUAUACCUGAAGGAGUCGAGACUCUGUACGAUGCCGUUCCCGUUGAGCACAAAAGCCUCAGUGGUCGCUCAGUGGCCCUUCCGCUCGCGCAUGAACGAUCAGCCAUUCCUACCGUCGCAACGACAUUUAAUACCGUAAAUGGAGAGCCAGAGCAAUGGGAUGAAUCUCUAGGACAUUCCGUUACCGAUACUCCUGCCAUCCACGUUGCGCGGGAUUCGCAUAGCGAGGAAGCGAAGGACACUUCAAAUGCCGAGUCCGAGCACGACCAUAGCGGGGAGAGCUCUCCUCAUGCCUGGAUUGGCAUUGCGCUCAUCAGCGGUUUUAUUCUCAUGUACCUCAUCGACAAAAUUCCCGAAUUUGCAUCUCCGGCCAAAUCUCAAAGGCCUCCUUAUCACAUUUCAUUGGACAACUUGGGCUCGGGGCUUCGCCGAAAUUCGUCGCCUUCGCGGGAUGGGGGAUUAUUGAAUGCAGCGAAUAGCCAGCGAAGCAGCCAUAGCUUUGCGACGACUACUGGUCUAGUCAUUCACGCAGCGGCUGAUGGAAUUGCUCUCGGGGCAUCUACCUCCGAUACCGGACUCAGUUUCAUUAUAUUCCUGGCCAUUAUGGUUCACAAAGCGCCCGCAUCAUUCGGGCUUACAUCUAUCCUCCUAAGACAAGGCUUGUCGAGCCGUGCUGCCAGGACUCAUUUGUUCGUCUUCAGUCUGGCUGCCCCUGUGGGCGCCCUGGCGACAUUCUUGUUUGUGCAUCUAUUGGGGUCGGGAACGACGGACGAGGCAAGUGCACGUUGGCGUACAGGGGUUCUUCUAUUGUUUUCCGCUGGUACAUUCUUAUACGUCGCCAUGCACACUAUGCAGGAGAACAACUCGGUAUCUUCUCGGGACUUGCCAACCAACGGUUAUGAAGCCCGAGAAAUUGCGGCAAAGCCCGAAAGGUCUACCAGGGAUCUGGUUGCUUCUGUCGUUGGCAUGAUAUUGCCGCUAUUUCUGCAGAUCGGACACGCUCACUGA